CUCCUUAUCAAACUACCUUACACAGCUCUCUUCAUGAAUGUUCAAGUGGAAGAGUUGUAGAAGAGAGUUGAAGAGAAAUCAUUAAAUUUCACUAAAGCCUUAUCAAAAUCAAUGUCAUAAAGCUCUGUUUGUGAUUGCGUUCUUGAGUUAAAAACAUUUUUUUGUUAUCAAAUUUAUUAAGUUUGAAUUUGAUUGAGUUGUUAUCUUUGUAAUAAUUUGGCUCAAAUGUUGUAUGUCUUCAUCAAACCAUCUUUCUUCGUAAUUCUUUGGAUUUCGUGAAUCAUUUUGUCAAAUUAUACUUUUUUCCUAAACAACAUCAUUGUAACCAAAUUUAAUUUAAGAAAAGUAUCAUUUCACAGUACUAAAAAAAAAACCAAUCAACUUAAACAAGAAAUCUCACAUUGUAAUAAAGCAAUUCAUAGUUGUAUGUAAUAAAAAGAGAAAACCAAAUUAAAACAGCUCCUUAUGUUUUUUGGAAGAAAAGUCACAAGAAUCGCUUUCUCUCUCUCUCUCUCUCUCUCUCUCUCUCUCUCUCUCUCUCUCUCUCUCUCUCUCUCUCUCUCUCUCUCUCUCUCUCUCUCUCUCUCUCUCUCUCUCUCUCUCUCUCUCUCUCUCUCUCUCUCUCUCUCGUUGUUUUAGGUAAAAGAAGAAAUGAAAAAAUAUGCGGAUCCAUGUAAUCCCGCAUGACCCGUUACGGCUCAUUCCGCAAAAAGCCAGUCCUGCAAAGACACAUUCCCGCGAGAUCCGCAAAUUUAUGGACCUAAAAACCUCGUCCCAAUAUCAUCCCACGACAGUCUUUUACGGGUCAGGUCUGUGGUCCAAGUCCAUGAUUACCAUCUCUAAAUUUAAUUGUAAAUUUUUAAUUCAAACUGAAUUUCAUUUUGUGAACAAAAAACAAACAAACUGAAAAGUGUUAGAUUAAGUACGUCUUAAAAGUUUGCCAGCGAUAUAACUUAACAAGUUACAACUUUGAGUUGUUUGUUUUCACAUUUUUCUUUAUUAUUUACAAGUUCUUAGAAGCAUGUCUAUGAUUAAGUACACAUAAACGUUUGUCAACUAUAUUUUUAACUUGCAAGUUACAACUAUAGUUUGUUUGUUUUCACUUUUUUUCUUUUUAACUUACAAGUUUAGAACUUAAUGUUACAGAGUCAACUAGAUAUCAUUCUAUCUGGCAUGAGUUUAAAAUGUAUUCCGAUUAAUGUUAGAGAUAGCUAGAUCACUUCUGAACUACUGUAUAGAUUGCACAUGCCGAAACACAAACCCAUUUUGGCCAAAUAGUAACAAUUUGGUUUUCAGUAAGAAUCGAACCUACAAUGACAAUUUUACGUUGUGCCUCCCUUACAAUUAGGUUAUCAAUACUUGGUUUACAAGAUCAAAAUUGAUACCAUUUAUCUAGUUAUUUCUGAUUUAUCCAGUCUUGUGAUACUCCAUAUAAUUUGGAUGCCAACAAAAAAAACAAAGUGUUGUAUAUUUUUUAUCCAUAUCUGUGAGGGAUCAUAUAAUAAUUUGGGUGUAAUAAGGUGCAUAUAAUGAUUUGGGUGUAAUAAGGUGCAUAUACAACAAAAACAAAGUUUUUCCAAAGUCAAAAGGUUACAAUAUAAAUCAAACGAACAUACAUAAAACAAUUCCUUGUAGGACGAAUAAAAUAGUGAUGUUUGAUGAUUUCCAUGAAACUACACUUCCUUGGAGAAUCAAAAAAGAUUGAUAGUACUAUAGAUACAAAUCCCAAUGUCAAUAAAUGAACCAAAAAUCAGACCAUGUUCAUCUGUUUCUUCUUUCCUUCACAUCCAAUUUACCUUUUCUCCCAAGAUUUUCUCUUCUUCCUUCACUCUAUUUAUACUCCUUCAUUCCUUUUACACUUCUUCACAACUCUCCCUCUUCUUUCACCCACAAAAGGGUUUUUUCUUUUCUUUUGUUCCUCAUAUUCUACACCAAAAGUUUCAAUACAUUCUCUUUCAUAAAUAGCUAAAAACAACUUGUUGAUUGUAGUAAUGGCCGAGUUAAAAAGUAAGUUAAAUAAAGGUCACGCCUUCACAAGCAAAUGUGCAUCCUUGGUGAAGGAACAACGUGCUCGUCUCUAUAUUCUUCGUCGUUGUGCUACUAUGCUUUGCUGCUGGUACAUCCAUGGCGAUGAGUAAUGAGAUAACUCUCAUCCCUUAAUAUAUAUACAUAUAUUUAUAGAUAUCUCCUUUAGUUGUUUGGCAACUCCUACAAGAAACUUGAUGUCUCUCUUCCUGAACUAUUCUGAUGCAACAAACCCUUUUACAUUCCUGUUGUUUUUUAACCUAAAGGAUCAACCUCUUUAGGUUUUUUUGGUUUGCUUCAUUGGUUAAAUCUUCGUCAAAGAGAGAGAGAGAGAGAGAGAUAGCAAGAUUUAUCUGCCAAACAAGCCGUCUGAAACAGAGCUCCAAAGAUGCUGAUUCUGUAAGAAUUUGAAAGAUACUUGGAAGGGUUUUGUCUGUUUUGGUUUCAUAGUGACAUUGCUUCUGUAAUAUUUUCAGUUUCAUUUCUUU